GAAUGAGGACUCUUCAUACUCUGGUCCUAACCUUGUGCGCUAAUUUCAAUUUUAUCGGUGGAUAUCCACACUAUAUUGGUCCGUACGCCAUUUUUAUGGAAAUGCAACCUGGCUAUUAUUUUGCAAAAAAAAUUAAAGAGACGGCGUUUUCUGCAAAUGAACUACCCGUUAACUGGAUCACGCCUCGGAAUAAUCCAACUCCUUUCGAGGACUUCAAUGUUUUUAUACAAAUUUCAGGAAAUCGACGUUUUGUUUCAAAAGCAAGGCGCCUACAUCAUAACGUAGAUUCUGUUCAUCAUCUUGCCCAGCCUUCUCCGCAUACGGCUUAUUACAGCUACAGUCACGGCGUGAGAGCAUACUAA